CUCACUUCCUCUCAGCCUUCAUCCUCUUCAUCAUCCUCUCAGCUGACACGAUGACUCCAAAGCAGGUCGUCUUUAAGAAGGUUUCCAGAGACAAGUCGGUUGCAGUCUACUUAGCUAAGAGAGACUUUGUGGACCACUGUGACUUUGUGGAUCCAGUCGACGGAGUGGUGGUGAUUGACCUGGCGCAGCUCAAAGGAAGGAAAGUCUAUGUGAUGCUGUCGUGCACAUUCCGCUACGGCCGUCAGGAUAUGGAUGUGAUGGGCGUGGCCUUCAGGAGAGACCUGUUCUUGGUGACGCGGCAAGUGUACCCAGAGCUGCAGGACAAAGAGAAGCUAACGCACACCAAGGUCCAGCAGAAGCUGCUGCACAAACUGGGAGACAACGCCUUCCCUUUUUUCUUCGAGUUCCCAGACAACCUGCCGUGUUCUGUCAGCCUGCAGCCGGGACCCCAUGACGAGGGCAAGAAAUGUGCCGUGGAGUUUGAGGUGAAGGCGUUCUGUGGAGAAGCUCAGGAUGAGAAGAUUGACAAACAGAGCUCAGUUCGUCUCUCCAUCCGUAAGAUCCAGUUCAGUCCAGAGAACACGGUGCUGGCUCCAGUAGCAGAGAUGACCUUUGAGUUCCUGAUGUCAGAGAAACCUCUUCAGGUCAAGCUCAGCCUACCCAAGGAGACGUAUUAUCAUGGAGAACCAGUCAAAGCAAACGUGGAGAUCACUAACUCAUCCAGCAGGAACAUCAAAGACAUCAGUCUGUCAGUGGAGCAGGUGACCAACGUCGUUCUUUACUCCAAUGACAAGUAUGUCAAGUCUGUGGCCAAAGAAGAGACGGAAGAUUCCGUGCCGUCUGGAACCACUCUGAAGAAGGACUACACUCUGUACCCGCUGUUGCUCUACAACAAAGAGCGCCGAGGGAUCGCUCUGGACGGCCGGCUGAAGCACGAAGACACCAACCUAGCUUCAUCCAGCAUAGUGAAGCAGGAGGUUCUGAAGGAGGUCCAGGGCAUGCUGGUCUCCUACAAGGUGGUGCUGAAGAUGAUUGCAUCUGGUAUGGUGGGAUCCAGUGAGGUGUCCCUUGAGGUUCCCUUCAAAUUAAUGCACUCCAAACCCGAACAAGCCAAGGACAGUGAGCCAGAUGACAUGGUUUUUGAGGACUUCAAACGGGCUUACUUGAAGGGGGUGGUCUACGGAGAUGAUGACGAGUCCCCCGCUGAGCUCUGAACCUGGCAGAAGAUCCAAGCCGUCAGAGCCACCGUGGUUGGUUUGUCCGCCUGCAUAGAUCCGCCACCAUGCUCCAGGAGGCUGUCAUAAACUCUGCAUCCACCUGGGGUUCAACGACUGCCACUCUCCCAGAAACGACCUCCAACUCAUCAACUCAGCUUCAAUCCAGACCAAGACCUCAAGAGCAUCUAUGAGUCCAUCUAAAUCUGGAUCAAUAUCUGGGUCUGUAUUCUGAUCUGGGUCUGUAUCUAACUAUCGGUCUAGGACAGGAUUAGGAUUAAGAUCUGAACUAGAACUAAAGUCUUUGUCCAUUUUCAGAUCAGAGUCUGGGUCUGGAUCUUUGUCUCGAUUUAAAUCUAAACUAUGAUCUCUGUCUUAAUCCAGGCUUGGACUUGGAUCUAGGCCUUUGGUCUGGGCAUGGAUCCACAACUGUGUUCAAGUAUUUACCCCUUCUUGGCUAUAUUAUUACUUUACAGCUUUUAGCUCAAUGGAUUGAUCCUGUGAGUUUUGUGUAUUGGAUCAGAACACAUUACCAUAACAAGUGAGACAAGGAAAAGUAAGCAUUUACUCAGCCCUCUGGUUAUGAAGACAUAAAAACUCUGGUGCAACUAAUGACCUUCAGAAAUCCAAAUAUUAGUGGUGUCUACCUGUGAGCAAUCUAAGAGUCACAUGAUCUAUCCUUACAUUUUCACACCACCCCACUUACCAAAGAACUCUCCAAACAAAUGAGGGACAUCCUUCUUAAGAAGAACAAGUCGGGUCAGGUUUUAUCCAAAUCUUGGAUAUCAGGAAAUACCAAUAAAAAAAUCAAAACCAAAUAGAUAGAACAUGGCACCACACCAAUAUACCAGGAGAUCCCCCCCCCCCCCCAAGACUCAUUAACCUGAGAACUACAGUAACCUGGAAGAGCCUCACUUUAACGAGGCACUGUCAGGGUUUGGAUUCUGAUCAACAUCUAGUUCUGGGUUUAAAGUGUUCUUCAAUCUUCUUAGUCUUAGUAAAGAUCUGAAUCUUAACAAGAUCUGAUCAGACCCAGAUCUGGAUCCACGUCGUUUUGUGGUCUGGGUCUGUAUCUAGAUUUAAUUCUGGGUCGAGACCAGAACCCAGCUUGAAUCUGGCUCUGAGUCCAGAUCUGGGCGUGAAACUGUUGGUGUUGGUCAGCUGAAUAGAGAUGAGGUCCUUCCUGGGAGGUGGGCGUGGCUCUGCAGCGUCGUCAUUACCUGAUGUGUUAUCUGAGGAGGUUCUUUGACUACAUUCAGCCUCGACAUGUUCACUGCUUCAUGCAAAUGUAGACGUCUGAAAUAAAGUUUGUUGCAGUUGAUGUAUGCUACACUUUAUCAGUAUUGUUGCUGUGUACAGUAGAAUUACUCUGUGUACAGUAGAAUUACUCUGUGUACAGUAGAGUUACUCUGUGUACAGUAGAAUUACUCUGUGUACAGUAGAACUACUCUGUGUACAGUAGAAUUACUCUGUUUACAGUAGAGUUACUCUGUGUACAGUAGAACUACUCUGUGUACAGUAGAGUUACUCUGUGUACAGUAGAAUUACUCUGUGUACAGUAGAGUUACUCUGUGUACAGUAGAGUUACUCUGUGUACAGUAGAAUUACUCUGUUUACAGUAGAGUUACUCUGUGUACAGUAGAACUACUCUGUGUACAGUAGAACUACUCUGUGUACAGUAGAAUUACUCUGUGUACAGUAGAGUUACUCUGUGUACAGUAGAAUUACUCUGUGUACAGUAGAACUACUCUGUGUACAGUAGAGUUACUGCAGAAUUGUUCUGUUAUUAGUUAUCUCUGGAAUUUGUUGCUUCAACAUUAAAGACAAAUUUUGUUCCAAAGACGUGUUUGAGUGAUUGAAUUUUUACACAAUUAUGCGGGAGGGUGGGGGAGUUCUCACCUUAUAACAGUUAGACCCCCCUACCCAGGUAGAUUGAUGUGGAAUAGGUUUGGAAUUGGAACAACAGGGUUAUGGAUCUUCUGACACAGCAGGUGUGUAUUUGUAUAAAUUCUCUCUGUAUUUGAGGCUAAGCUUUAGUUAUGUUGGUUAUGUUUGUAUACGUUUUGUUGUUGGACUGGGUGGAAAAAAGAAAAGAGAUAAAGAGGAAGGGGGGGGGUACAAAAAAAAUAUCAGUUGAAGAGCCUACACCAUGUA